AAACGCCAAACGAUUGGCAUCAUUGAGACAAGUAUCUCAAAACAAUAGUUAUAAUGAUAUUAUGAAGAACUUAAAGAAAUCAAAAUUUUAUGAUUUAAAUCAUAACUUAUUUAAUUUCAUUGAAACCAAUUGCGGCUACAAAGAGGUUCGCAUCGCUCAGGAAUAUGCGGAUCAGUUAAAACAAACGCUGAAUGGCGUACAAAGUGAGAGAAAAGCACUGAUAGAUGAACGGUCGGCCAUACAAAAGGAUAUCAAUGAGAUGGAUGGUCACCGAAACUACACUCAUUUAUAUCGGGAACGACUGAUAGGAAAGAUAGAUGAGUUCACCGCCCAAAAAAUCUUUAAUAAUAACAUUAAAGAAUUAAAGAAAACAUUAGGUAAUAUGAUCGGGUGGCUAUUGAGGUUGCGUAAACUGAUUGACAGAUAUUGUCGGGAAACUAGCGUUGAGUCGCGCCUUUUGAUGCGAGUAUUUGACAGAAGCGGACAAAAACUGAACACAUUUUUCAAUCAAAACAAUAAUAACAACAGAAUCUACGCGAAAACGUGUCAAAUGUGUGCGAAAAUGAAUUUCCCCUUAGAAGACAUCCAAUUCGACACAUUAGGUCCGGAACCCACCUUGAUUAAUUUUUAUGUUUGUACCCCCAAAGUGGAUAUACCUCCGCCACCCCUACCACUCAUACCACCUCCAGAUGAUGAAGAGACCACCAGAUCGUUGCCC